AUGUUUCGUUCUGAGGAUAUUGUUCUACUCCGCGUCUAUUUUCAAAGAACAGCCGCACAUGACUGUGUGGAAGAACUUGGACGCCGGGGUCUUGUAGAGUUUCGGGACCUAAACGCGAACACCUCGGCACUGCAGCGAACGUUCGCCGCUGAGCUCAAGCUGUGCGAUGAACUACAGCGGAAACUUCGGUUUCUUUCCGAACAAGCAAAUAAAUAUUUGCCAAGCGAGAAGACGUUUACAACCUUGGCUGCGCAAUCACAACAGCUGAUCGAAGCUGGACCUGGGUACAGCCGCGUACAAGCAACGGACACCGUGACGUUGGAGGAUCUUAAUGGGCAGCUCCGGAGACUUGAAGCGGAUCUUGAGGAAAUGAACCUUCACUGGGACGCGCUGCAGAGUGAGCUGAUUACCAUUCGUGAGCACGGUUACGUUUUGGAGCUCGGAGAAGCCAUUUUUUCGGAGGCCAGAACACAACGCAUAUCAGUGUCACAGUACGGGACACUGCCGCUUUUGGAAUCCAACGUUCUAACAGGUGAAGACGUCAUCUCGGAACGUCGCGGACCCCCGGAUGAUUCCGAAUCCGCAGGACAGCGCGUUGAACGAGGUCAAGGCCAGGGUUACACGCCUGUGAACGCAGUGCUUAAUGUGUUCGCGGGUACCAUAGCGGCGAAGCAUCUGGAAGCAUUCUCCCGAAUGGUAUUCCGUGUCUCGCGAGGGAACUGCUUUCUGAGAUGGGUAUCAAUACCUGAACCCAUCUUUGAUAUAGAGCGAAAUGAGUCUGUGGCGAAGACGGUAUUUGUUCUGUUUUUUCCGGGUCAGCAUUUGCGAUCGAAGCUCACCCGCAUCUGCGAAGGGUUCGGCGCAACGCGCUAUCCAUUCCCCGACUCAACUGGUGAACGUGAUCGCCUGAAAACGGAAUUAGUAAUCCGGAGACAGGAGCUAGAGGCUAUCAUUGAGACAACACAAAGACAACGAGCUGAUGUACUCGGUGAGGUAGCUACAAACGUAACAUUCUGGACCGAGAAAGUUGCCAAAGAGAAAGCAAUCUACUUCACACUCGAUAAGCUGAAUUACGACGUCUCCGAACGGGUUUUCGUAGGCGAGUGUUGGUGCCCCCGAGCGGAGAUCGAAGAGGCCCGCGCAGCUAUUCAUAUCGGCGAUAUCCGCUCGAAUGCCCAGGCGCCUUCCAUCAUGGAAGAGUGCGCUACGGAUGAAGCGCCUCCUACUUUCUUCCGAUGCAAUCGCUUCACUGCGGUUUGGCAGGAUAUCGUCGAGGCGUACGGUAUUGCUGCCUACAAGGAAAUGAAUCCGGCUCCGUGGUCCAUCGCGACUUUCCCUUUUCUGUUCGCAAUCAUGUUUGGCGAUGUUGGGCACGGCAUGCUCAUGACGGUCGCGGCGCUCUACGUCGUCUUCCGUGAGCGUCAGUGGCGUUAUCGCAAGCUUGGAGAUCUCCUGCAAACCAUGUACGAUGGCCGAUAUCUGAUCCUUAUGAUGGGUGUAUUCUCGAUGUUUACCGGUUUGAUUUACAAUGAGUGCUUUGGUGUGCCGAUCAAUCUAUUCGGCUCCACUUGGAAGUGGGUAGACGGUUCCGCGGUCGCUUGUGGGAUCGAUCACUGCGAGCAGCCCAAGUUGGGAAUGCCGCCCAAGAGAACCUAUCCGUUUGGCUUUGACCCCGCCUGGAAAAUAGCCGAGAAUAGUCUGACAAUGCUGAACUCCUUCAAAAUGAAAAUGAGUAUCGGCUUCGCGGUCGCGCAGAUGACCCUGGGUAUCAUCUUAUCGUACAGCAAUGCGAGAUACUUUGCGCAGUCGCUUGAUAUCUGGCAUGUGUUUGUGCCGCAGAUUCUGUUCUUUUUAGCUAUUUUUGGCUAUCUGCUUCUUCUCAUCUUCCUGAAAUGGUCAACAGACUGGAAUGCGCCGGGAGCUUCGUCACCGCCUGACCUCAAGGCGGUGCUCAUUGCCAUGUUUAUGUCGCCUGGGUCACUGCCACGAAGCCUGCGUCUUUUCCCAGGCCAACAUGUGGUUCAGCUUGUGUUGCUCGCUAUCGCCAUCGUCACGGUCCCGUGGAUGCUCCUUGCAAAGCCGCUCGUACUUCGACGUCGGAUGCGGACGCAACGACCUCAUGCAUACACGCCACUACACAAUGGGGAUCGACGUGACGCUCCGGCGAACUUGAAUAGUUCAGAGGCGGAGAGCAGGAAGGCAGAGCCUCACGAGUCGGUGGGCAAUUUUGCGGAAAUCUUUGUGAAUAACAUGAUUCAUACAAUCGAGUUCGUCCUCGGUGCAAUUUCAAACACCGCGUCUUACCUGCGUCUCUGGGCGCUAUCACUCGCACACGCGGAGCUCACGGACGUCUUUCUUCAGAAAAUUCUGUAUACUGCGCUGGCUACCGAAAAUGUGAUUGCUACCAUGAUUGGAUUCGUGCUGUGGUUCGGUCUCACAGUUGGCGUUCUCAUGCUCAUGGAGUCGCUUUCCGCAUUCCUGCACGCGCUUCGACUGCACUGGGUUGAAUUCCAGAACAAGUUUUACAAUAUUCAUGGUUCUGGUGUGAAAUUUACACCGCUUCGGCUCUGA